AGAUUUGGUCGUCUCGUCUUUGUUCUCCACGUCCUCCUAAUAGGAGCUCUAAAACCAAAGCCACCCUUCCCCAUCUUCUUCUUUCCUUCCGCUUCCAGAGAGGGCCAUUUAAUGGAAGGAGUGGGGGCCCGGCUGGGCCGGUCGUCGACUCGGUACGGGCCAGCGACGGUCUUCAGCGGACCGGUCCGGAAGUGGAAGAAGAAGUGGGUCCCCCUCUCCAACCCUAACUCCAACGCCUCUUCCAACGCCGCCCUCAACGGCGGCGGCGCCACCAACAACAACCACUCCCAUCUCCUCCUCUACAAGUGGACCCCCAUCUCCUCCCAGGCCAACGGCGGAGCCACCACCGCCGCCGCGUCGGCCAUGGGGAAGGACGUGUCGGCCGCCACAGCUGUCCCCGCCGCCCAGCCUGAGGAGCCCCCCCGGAGGAAGUUCCGCUACGUCCCGAUUUCUGUCAUUGAAGAGCAAAAGCAAGAGGCUGCAGUGAAGUCUGAGGAGGAGAAUAAACCACGUGAUGCUGAUGCUUCUGCACAGCCCGUCCAAGCUAAUCAGUCUGAUGGGAAACCUGAUAUGAAUGAUGCCUCAAUGGAAGAAGCUCAGGCUACAGGCAAGGAUCAAGCACCGGCAGAAAACAAGGGAACAGAUCUAAAUUUGAGCUUGGGUUUGAACGCUCCUGAUGAUGAUGGUGAAAGUGAUACCAAACCGGCAGAGCAGGGUGACGGCACCGGUAAACUACAUAGAGUAAAGUCAGGUGAGGACGUGGAAAUGAAAUCUGCAACUGAUUCAGAAACUGAAAAUAAAUUAAAGAGGAAGGCUGUCACCCCUGACCUUGAAAUGAGGGUUUAAGUUCCUGUAUCAUCUUUUGUUUUAUUUGACUGUCUUGCAAGAGGCAUGAUAUUGUACCCUGAUUGAUGCACCAUCAUUUAUGUAUUACACAUUAUCAAGCAUCCUAAUAGAGAUAAUCCUAAUGGCUAGGUGGAUCAGGAAAAAAAGAAAAAAAGAACAAAGAAA